UGUAAAGGCUGAGCUCUUGUAGCCAAACUGCUGAUAUCACCAUUAACGCUCCUGUGCCUCAGCACAACAAAUGGCUGAACUCCCUGAGGAUUUUGACCCGAGCCACUAUAUGGUUGGAGCACCUGAAGCCUCUAAGGAAGCCAAUGAAACAAUUCAAUGUAUUUGUGAUGAGGUCAAGUCCCAAGCAGAGGAACGGACGAACCAAACCUAUGAUGUAUUCAAAGCAGUCACGUUCACACAGCAGGUGGUCGCUGGAACUCUCUACAAAAUCAAGGUUUCUGUCGGAGCCAACAAACACAUCACCAUUACAGUGUUAUGUAGACUACCUUGCCAUCCUGGAAGAAGAUAUGAGGUGACAGAAGUCAAAGAUGAUUAGUCUUCAAUGAGGAUCUAGUCCUCAUUUACAAAGAACAGUCUCUGAUAUUCUUUAAGAAGGAUCACACAGGUUUUACCACCAACAUCUUCAGACUGGCAUCUUUGAUAACAUUAUCCUUUAAGACACCUAAAGUAUACUUUAAAAUCUGCAGGUGUGGGCAUUUUCUGUUGAGAUCUUGAUGCCAUAACAGAUUUUAACCUGUUGUUAUUCUUGUGGAUGACAGUGUCUUAUUCUCAGUGAAUGCCUUUACAAAAUUAUUUCAAUCUUGUCCAGUAGGAACGGUUUCAAAUAAAUAAAACAUGGAAACACUGUCUCAUACAUUUGUUGGUAAGAAACAGUGUGCCUCAGGUGAAUAAAGGUGUGGUAAGCAAACUGUCUUUUAUCCUCAGCCUGUUUAGACUUGACAAAUGGUUGUGACAAUCUGUUUGAAAUGUCACAGUGAAACAUGCCGACUUUAAAAAAAAAAAAAGAAAAAAAAAAAAAGAAAAUGUUUCAGGUUUACAUUGGGGCUGAUUCAGGUGAGGUUUGGUCUUCAGUGGGAUGGUGGUUAGUAUUUAGUUCACCUGCAUUUGUCACCUACAUUACGUAACACACACAAGAACACACACGCAGACACCAUGACAUGACACAAAGUGGGAUGAUGUGCGGCAGCAGAGUUUAGUUAUUUCCUCUGGAAGUCAUUAUUGUGGAGGAUGAUUGAUAAAUUAUGCGAAUGAUAAAAAUACACUACCUAGCCCCCA